AUUUUCUAUCUGUUGCAAUGUCUCACACGUGUGGGCCUUUUUUGUGUAGGUGGCGCUCUUGCGUAUGUCGUGGAGUGAGCUGUUCGUUUUAAAUGCUGCUCAGUGCUCUAUGCCACUGCAUGUAGCGCCCCUGCUGGCCGCUGCCGGUCUACACGCUUCCCCCAUGUCAGCCGAAAGAGUGGUGGCCUUCAUGGACCACAUACGUGUCUUCCAAGAGCAGGUGGAGAAACUGAAAGCUCUUCAGGUAGACACGGCUGAAUACUCCUGUCUGAAGUCCAUCGUACUCUUCACCUCUGAUGCCAUGGGUCUGUCUGAUGUGGCCCAUGUGGAGAGUAUCCAGGAAAAGUCCCAGUGCGCUCUCGAGGAGUAUGUGCGUAACCAAUACCCCAAUCAACCCAACCGAUUCGGCCGCCUGUUGUUACGGCUGCCCUCCCUGCGCAUCGUGUCUUCUCCUGUUAUCGAACAGCUGUUCUUUGUGCGACUGGUAGGCAAAACGCCCAUCGAGACCCUGCUGCGGGAUAUGCUACUUUCCGGCUCCAGCUACAACUGGCCUUACAUGCCUGUCCAGAGAGACCGACCCAUCUCACUCCAUUACAAUGAGAACGGGCCCUGAUCCUGCCCCCAUAAUCCAUAUCACACCCCAGCUGCCAUGGGGUCAUGGCCGAUACAGAGAAUCUGUCAGCAAGCCACGCCCCUUUCUGCCACAUCAUCACCUGCUCACUUACCUGAAGCACCAGCCGUUUGUUCCGUCAAGGGGAAUGGACCACAGCGCUCAUAUAGACACCGAACUGUUUCCUACAGAGGUUUUCUAUGAAUGAGGACUGAACGAGAACAUUCAUUCCUGAUUUUGACUCAACCAGAAGCCAUUAAAGCUGAUGCCAAAACUUUACUAGAACAGCUAUUAGAUGGACCUCGAAAACCACUUGUAUUAACGGGAGAGUCAAGAUUCUGUCUGUUUAGUUGGAGGUUUGUAUUUCACCCCAAAUACAACCGAGAGAACGGCAUGACUCUUGCAGGACUCAUUGGAGAGAAAGCCAUUGCCAAAGUAGGACAGGCAACUGAACUCUCGGGAGCAUUUUGUGGAAAUGAUGACUGAGGUGAAAUUUCGUUUGUCUCAUUGAUUUUUGCGUUUAGGUCUCUGAUGAAGUGGGAAGACUUGAAAGAGGCACUUGAAACCAGCCAGAUAACCCUCACUUUCCGUGCUUUUCUCAGCUGCAUCCAAAUAAUCAGCACAUCUAGACAGAAUGUUGCCGUGUCAAGCACAACAUGCAUCUUGUUAAAUACAGGUGUUUAUCUCCUGUAGCUUCAAGAAAAACACUAGGGUAAAAUAGGGUAUUCUGGGACAUUUUGGAACGUCGGGAAAGCUCCGAUGUGUCCAAGCCAACAAAGUCUAUGCUAACUGUACCAUAUUCUAACUGGGCUGUCAUAGGAUGAAGUCUUGUUUGAUUGUGUAAAGUGUUGAGGUGGCAGUCAAACAUGCAAAAAUGACCCAGAUUACCCUAAUUCACCCAACAAACUCAAGACCUCAAUUAUGCCAAUAGUCUGCCUUUGAUGACCAGGUAUAUUGUGUAGCAUACUGUAGGCUUCAUCAAGUAUUUUUGUUACUUUCUUGCUCGUUUGAAUAUGUUUAAACCCCACUGUCACAUUUUUUAACAUGGCACUACAGCUUUUAAGGCAGCAUUUGGAUAUAAAAGCCAUUGGACCUUUGAAAGCAGGACCUGUUGUAUUAGUUCACAGAAUAUUUCUAUCAAAAUAUGUUUUUCUGUAUUUUAGGUUUGGAGAAAUUAAUUAAUUAAAUAAAAGUCUGUCAUUC